CCGCGCCCUCCGCAGCCGGCCCUCGGCAGCCAGCCGCGCGGCGAUGGAGCUGCACAUCCUGGAGCACCGCGUGCGUGUGCUGCGCCUGGCGCGGCCCGGCCUGCGGCUCUACACGCACCCGCUCGUCAAGCUGCUCUUCCUGCCGCGCCGCAGCCGGUGCAAGUUCUUCAGCCUGACCGAGACCCCCGAGGACUACACGCUCAUGGUGGACGAGGAGGGCUUCAAAGAGCUGCCCCCAUCCGAGUUCCUGCAGGUGGCCGAGGCCACAUGGCUGGUGCUGAACGUGGCGUCCCCCAGCGGCGCGGCCCAGGCUGCAGGGGUCACCAAGAUCGCCCGCUCCGUCAUUGCCCCGUUGGCCGAGCACCACGUGUCCGUGCUCAUGCUGUCGACCUACCAGACAGACUUCAUCCUGGUGCGUGAGCAGGACCUGGCCGUGGUCACCCACACACUGGCGCGGGAGUUUGACAUCUACCGAGAGGUGGGAGGGGAGCCUGUGCCCGUCGCCAGGGAAGAUUCCAGCAACGGCUGCCCCCGCGCCCAGCACGGGCCCAGCCCCACCGUGCACCCGGUGCAGAGCCCGCAGAACCGCUUCUGCGUCCUGACGCUGGACCCGGAGACACUGCCGGCCAUUGCCACCACCCUCAUCGACGUGCUGUUCUACUCACAUAGUGACCCCAAGGAGGCGCCGUGCAGUGACCCCGGCACCAGCUCCAUCACCUUUUUCGCCUUCUCCCUCAUCGAGGGCUACAUCUCCAUCGUCAUGGACGCCGAGACGCAGAAGAAGUUCCCCAGCAACCUGCUGCUGACCAGCUCCUCUGGGGAGCUGUGGAGGAUGGUGCGCAUUGGCGGGCAGCCCCUGGGCUUUGAUGAGUGUGGGAUUGUGGCCCAGAUCGCGGGCCCUCUGGCCGAGGCCGACAUCUCCGCCUAUUACAUCAGCACCUUCAACUUCGACCACGCCCUGGUGCCUGAGGACGGCAUCGCCAGUGUGAUCGAGGUCCUGCGGCAGCGGCAGGAGGGCCUGGGCUGCUAGGGCCAUGCGGCCCUCACCCACUUCCAGAGGCUUCUAGCUGUUCCUCGGGUCUGGGCGGCCCUGCCACCCCGCCAGCUGCGGGGACAAGCUGGUGCUGGGGCUCCUGCGGGAGAGAAGCCCCCACCCACCCAAACUUUACUCCUGAGCCCGGGCUUUGCACAUUCCCUGCCGGGGCCCCUCCCCUCCCGUCCCCUCCCCUCCAGGGACUGCUCCCCCCAGCUUCCCGCUGCCAACUGGGGCUGAUAGUGCCUUCCCCACUGGGGCUCCCAGGACAUUUCUCUCCGUCUCCUUUUUUACUGUUAAUAAAGACGUGUCAUUUGUG